AUGUGCAAAAAACCGUCGGACGAGCUCCUCUUCGUCUACCAUUGUGCCGUCAUCCAUCUUGUUUUCCUUGACGACGACCGGACGACGACGCAUCGGUCGACGGAGGAGAAUUCGUGUUCUAGUAAUCGUUCGUGCGUCCACUCCUGGAUCAACAUCCAGAGAACCGUCUACGAGCACAUCUCCCAGCAUCUACGUAUUGCCCUUCUCAAAGGACCAAAGUUCACGGUGAGUGUGCUGUUGCUGAGAAUGCUGAGCUGCGGACUCGC